AUGGUCAACAUGCAGGUGUGCGCCCUGGACUGCGAGACCCUGCGGGGGCUGCUGGAGGACCGGGCGGGGCAGUGCCUCCUCCUCGACUGCCGCUCCUUCUUCUCCUUCAGCGCCUCGCACGUGGGCGGCUCCCACAACGUCCGCCUGAGCACCAUCGUGCGGCGGCGGGCCAAGGGGGCCGUGGGGCUGGAGCACGUCCUGCCCAGCGAGGAGGCGCGCGCCCGCCUGCGCAAGGGCCUCUACCACGCCGUGGUGCUGCUGGACGAGCGCAGCGCGGACCUGGAGGCGCCCAAGCGCGACAGCGCCCUCCUGCUGGCCCUCAACACCCUCGGCAGGGAGGCCCGCGGCGUCCGCCUCUGCUUCCUCAAGGGAGGAUACGAAGCCUUGUCAUCUUCAUACCCGGAGUUGUGCACAAAGCCGUCUGCUCCCAAGGGCCUGACUCUGCCUCUCAGCACCAACAAUGUGCCUGGCAGCACAGAUUCAAACUGCAGCUCCUGCGGGACCCCUCUGUACGAUCAGGGUGGUCCAGUGGAAAUCCUACCUUUCCUGUACUUGGGUAGUGCCUACCAUGCUUCCAGGAAAGAUAUGCUGGAUGCUCUGGGGAUCACCGCCUUGAUCAACGUCUCUGCAAACUGCCCGAACCAUUUUGAGGGCCACUAUCAGUACAAAAGCAUCCCCGUAGAGGAUAACCACAAGGCUGACAUCAGUUGCUGGUUUAACGAAGCCAUCGACUUCAUAGACUCUGUUAAAAAUGAUGGCGGACGAGUGUUUGUUCACUGUCAAGCUGGCAUCUCCCGCUCAGCAACCAUCUGCCUCGCUUACCUUAUGAGGACCAACCGAGUCAAACUGGACGAAGCCUUUGAGUUUGUCAAGCAGAGGAGAAGCAUCAUCUCCCCCAACUUCAGCUUCAUGGGACAGUUGCUGCAGUUCGAGUCCCAGGUCCUGGCCCCAAAUUGCUCGGCGGAGGCUGGAAGCCCUGCCAUGGCGGCAUUGGACAGGGGGGCACCCACGACAACUGUCUUCAACUUCCCAGUCUCCAUUCCCGUCCAUCCUUCUGCCAAUGCACUAAACUACCUUCAGAGCCCGAUCACCACUUUGCCAAGCUGCUGAAAGGCAGGUGCAAACUGACUCUCGACACAAAGAUCUGAUACUGUGGCUCUUAUCUCAAAAAGUGCAAUAACCAGGGGGACAGUUAACC